CCAAUUUGUCCGUUAUGAUGAGCACAAACAUCAGAGUCACCGAGUCAUUUGCGUCAGUGUGAAACACAAUACAUAGACACACACGAGAACGACAUGUCACAUCGGUGGCCACAAUGAAUAAACGCAUAGGUGGCCUGAAUGAAUGAAUGCAUGAAGGCAGACAGCACUCACCACCUCCCACACACGCACUGCCGCGACACCCACGAGCAAAGAGCUCACAGGAUGACCACAAGCCGUGAGCUCACAGCACCCAAUCCGCUCACGCAGAGAGGACACGUGAGAGAAAGACGCCAAGCAACCGGAGAGAGAAAAAGGCUCCAGCAUCAGACAGAUGGCCUUGUCGUAUGGCUGACCUCGCCCACUCAUCUAUACCACGCACACAAAAAACUCGCCCACGCCCUUCAUCAAGACUGCAUCGGAUCAGACAGCCAUGCAUUCGCGUUGAAUAAAAGCAGCCACACACACACAUACACACACACCCACAGAGAGAGGGAGAGAGGGCGAGAGAGAGAGAGAUGCCGGCAUUUCUGCUUCUUUUGAUUGCACAGACACGAAGAAAACCGUCACAGUUUCUCAGCCGAUGGAUGCCAAAAAAGCCCCACUCCUCACUCGUCGAUAAACGAACACAUGACAUGACGUCCACCGGCCGCCGAGAGAUACAGCGACUUCACCACACCCAAUCAAUGCACUCACACAUCGAUGUGUGUGUGGAUGGACGUGAGUGGCAGCCAAGGCGCACACACUAAGACAGAUGACCAGAGUUCCACGCCCCGCACCAACGCAACUCUAGCAGGGCCAUGCAGUGGCAAACGCGGACAAGCUGCUUGCCAUAAAAAAUGAAACAUGACUGCCGGAUGGCGCCACCGCCGCAAUGCACACACAGCAGACACACCAGGAGGCAGUGCUCACAGGAUGGCCACCAGCCUGUACUCGAUGUAAGCCUCCUUGCCAGUGACACUCAGUCUGGCUGGCAGGAUGAUCCGCCGCACCUCACCCACACGCAUGUCAGUGAACACCUCCUGGGCCCACUCAGGUUGAUCAGACACACGAGCCACCAGCCCACGCUCCUCCCCUCUCUUGCCUGGGCCGUCGAAGUCGUCACGCCACUCGAUGACGUCGAUCUUGACGCGCUGGUCACGUGUCGCUUUGGGUCCACUGACCGGCCGCACCACCUGAUAGCGAAUCCCCGAUUGCAUCUCAGUGAACACAGCGCCGCCGCCCCGGCCAUGCGGAGAGCUGAGGAGAGGAAGAGAGAGAGCCAAUCAUGACCUGUACGAUCACUCUUCUCAUGGGCAUCUCACCUUUGCGUGUCGACGCCGUACAUGGCGGCCGUCUUGUUGAAGGUCUCCUGUCUGGGCGCACUGUCCAUUACGAGCGGCAUUCGCACCCCGCCCAUUAGCUUUGUGUCGGGCAGUGAGGCCGCGUGUCGUUUGCGGCGGUAGUGGUCCACCAGACGGCGGACGUGGUCGACGGGCACAUCCUCAAUGGGAGCCGGCCACCUGAUGGGGGACAACACACCACAUCACGCAUACAUCCAGCCAGCCUGGUGCUGGUGUGUACUCUGUUGAUGCUCACAGGUUGAAUCUGUUGGUGAGAGCAAUGUCGCCCAUCACAUCGAGGGUCGACUGAGUCGUCGAAACGGUCUGGCCACACACGUCGACAGACCGAAUGGCAUCGCCGCCACUCAAAGGCGCCAGGAAGGGCUUCACGGCCUGAUAGACAGACAUACAGACGCAGCCAUGGACAACCUUCAGUGCUUUGAUUGACUGUGUCUCUCUCACCGUAAUUUCCAUCAUCGUCUGGUCGUAUGCGGCCUUCUUGGCCGCCCGCUCGCUGUCGAGGUCGUUCUUCUUUGCCACGAAAGUCUUGACGAAGCUCUCCACCUCCGCCACGACCCCUCUCAGUUCUGCCGGCAGCCCGUGCGAUGCCACCGUCGGCUCUUCCGAGUGACCCUGUGCAGCCGAAGAUGCGUCGGUGGAUGGCUUGUCGAUGGGCGAGAGGAGCACUGCUGUCCAGAAGUCAUGAAGGCCUGCACACAACCCACACACACACACACACACACACACGUCCACACACAUGCAGGUGGACAAGAGGAGAAGGUUUGCAUGCGCCCUAAUUACCUUGGUAGUUUCUCGUCUUUGCCUCGUCCAUCAGCCGGUCCACCGCACCCUGCCCGUCCAGGAUGGCCUCCAGCAUCGCGUCAAACGCACGCGGACACACAUCGACGAACACGCGAUUGUCUGCAUCACGACCCAGCCGCCCAUCCCAUCUGCCACCGAACAGCACCGCCAGCAGUGUGCCCUCGACGCUCGUCAGGUGCUUGCGGCGCACAGACGAGUGGCUCCCGCCGACAUUGACCUUAAGCAGGUCGUCGCCAGAGGCCGCCGAUGGGUCUAAGGCGCCGUGGUCACUCAGCAGUUUGCCGAUGUCAUAAGAGGAGGCCAUGUCAGCCCGCUCGGCCUCGAGGCGCUCCAUCGGGCCGACUAUCUGCCUGUCCAGCCGGCAGAGGGCCUCGUGGCGAGUGAAGGGCUCCAUGACAGCAGACCGACGAACGCUGAGACACAGAGCAGCAGACAGACAGACAAACGGCAGAUGCACUCAUCAGAUCUUCUUGAUCAUAGCCUCUGUGUGUCACUCCUGAGCUCUCCUCUUACCUCAUUUGGCUGUUCC